GUGAAGCUUCCCUUAGUCACGGUGAUAGCCCUGACCCAAAAUGGCGCUGGCCAGUCUGCUGGAGCCUCAACUGCCCGUGAACAGGGCCGGGUUCUUUGGUUUGGGGGCCGGGUGCGAGUUUCAGCUGCCCGCGCUCGGCACUUGCGGUGGGGGCGAGAAUGUGGCGGCGGCUCAGGCUUCGGGGCCGCCGCUGGCUUUGGCCGCCCCUCGUCUCAGCUUGAGCCAAGGCGCCGCCAAGGAGGCUGCCGACAUUGAGCUACUGCACGGGACCACCACUCUGGCCUUCAAGUUUCAGCAUGGCGUGAUUGUAGCAGUGGAUUCGCGGGCAACAGCAGGGGUCUACAUCGCUUCACAAACAGUAAAGAAGGUCAUUGAAAUCAACCCUUACCUGCUGGGCACCAUGGCUGGUGGUGCAGCUGAUUGCAGCUUCUGGGAGCGUCUGCUGGCACGGCAGUGCCGUAUCUAUGAACUCCGCAACAAGGAGCGGAUCUCUGUGGCUGCUGCCUCCAAGCUCUUGGCCAACAUGGUGUAUCAGUACAAGGGCAUGGGGCUCUCCAUGGGUACCAUGAUCUGUGGCUGGGACAAGCGAGGGCCAGGUCUGUACUACGUGGACAGCGAAGGGAACCGCAUCUCAGGCACGGUUUUCUCCGUGGGCUCUGGUUCUGUCUAUGCCUACGGGGUGAUGGACCGUGGCUACUCCCAUGAUCUCUCAGUUGAGGAAGCCUACGAUCUGGCGCGCCGUGCAAUCUACCAAGCCACACACCGUGACGCCUACUCAGGGGGCACAGUCAACCUCUAUCAUGUACGCCAGGAUGGCUGGAUCCGUGUCUCCAGUGAUGAUGUGUCCAAACUAUAUGAAAUGUUCCACGACAAAGCCACAGAGACAGUGGCUUGAGAGAGUGGACUUUGGGGAGAAGGGGGAGCACUGAACUUGGGCCUAUAGGGGUUGUUGCCUAUAGAGAGUUCACCAAAGUAUAAAGAGAUGAGAUUGUAGAUCAAGCCUUAGGCAAAUAGGGAACGCUUGGCCAACUCGAUGGGAGAAGGGUGGGGCCCACUGAUUUGACUAUUGGAUGGCAGGGUGUUUAUCUCAUGCUUGCGACCCAUGUUUCAUGUAGUAAAACGUUUUGCUCAUGCGGAAUUAAAUGUUUACUGUCUGAA